AUGCAACGCCCGGUGUGGAACGAAGUACCCGCCGUGCAAGUCUCCCCAACAAGAGUGCCGUUUUCCCACUCCCAAAGUCUACUUCCGCACUCAUCUACCUCGGAGAACUCGAAUCUGAGGUUAGAUGUAUCCGUAAGCAACGGCUCACGCUCCGACCAUUCGCUCCCAACGCCACCCCCUUCUGCCUCGCUGCCGUACGCACAGUACCCCUCUAACGCGUUCGCCGGCCCCGCUCGCCUCCCACGCCAAGAUGCCACAGGCAACAUUGAGGGUGCACCCGCUCAGGCGUACAUAAAUCAGGGAGGGCAUCCCGAGGCGGCGACACGACAUGUGCAGCACCACUACACCCAAGCGGGUCCGUCAAACUAUGCGCAGCCCAGGGCACAAACUAUCCCCCAAGGAUACACUCCAGGAUCCGUUGGAACCGUGCACCAAUCACCGCACCCGAACUCCUGGCCUGACGCCGACGCCUCCCCCGCAAGCCCGCGCGCCAUCCCGAACGACUCUCUCAUCAGACGGCGUUCGGGCCCAUCCGCGCCCUCUUCCUCCAGCACACAGACACAGGAUGGCCAAAACAACAGUGCCAACAAUCAGCCCAAUCCCGCCGAGCCCCCCAUGAAUGCAGCAACAUCGCAUGCGCACGCGCUGCUGCACCCCCUGCGCGGCUAUCUCAUGCAGAAGGUCGACCAGGCGAUCACCGCUACAGGGAUGCGGCUUGCGCAGGAGUUCGGGACCAUUAACGAACACACGGCACAACGUGAACGGCAACUCAUCGCGCUCAGCUCGCGGCAGCAGGACAAUGGCGCCAGCGCGGCUGAAGCCAACGCACUUCGCCAGGAGCGCCAUAGUCUGCGUGAAGAGUGCAUGCGGUUGACCGAGGAUCUGAAGAACGCGCAGGAGGCUCAGGUGAGGAUGAAGGAUAAUUUGAUGAAGUUGUAUAACGCGUGCUUUGCCCUGCGAGAGGAGGGUUCGAAGCUAAGAGAGGAGCGGGUCGCCCUGAGGGAGGAAAAUUGGGCUCUAAGAAAAGAAAUUGCGAGACUGGUGGAUGCAGGCAAUGAAAAUGUGCAGAGUUCGGGGAGUUUAGGGAAAGUGGAAGGAGAAGCAGCUCAGGAACGCAGUGGGCUCGUCGCUUCAGUGUUGUCUAAAGUGCAGCAAGAGCUGACGCGCAGGCAUAAUGCUGCCAAAGAAGUGGCGUUCCUUGAACAAGUGGUGAAAGAGAUUGCCCCUUCCGAGCCCACCGUCAACUCCGCAUCGCAAGAUGUGAAGGAAAGCUCCGAAGACCCCGUCGCUAGGUUGUUGGCCCAGUCUUCACCUGUGGUACUAAGCAGACUUGCCAGCCUCUCGUGUUCCCGCUCCGAGGCACGUAUAAAUCAUGGCACUCCACCCGUCCAGGCCUCCCCGGUCAGGAAGUUCGAACCACUCCAAACCGUGGACAACGUCCCAUCCAGCGCGAAGUCGGAGCCCGAUCCUGAGCCGCGGCUCCUUCCUGCCCAAACCGCCAACAUCUCCCGGAGGAGCGCCGUACCUCCAUCUUCCAUACGAGAGGUGAUCGAUCUGUCGAACAUCUUGGACUCUCCGCCACGCAGGUUCAUCGGUAUUGAGGACGCCCUCCCAUCGCCCACUAACGAUUUAAAAAUGUCGGCUCCGCACCUUACGCGCGCCGCGGACUCGGAGGUUAAUGCAGCUAUGGACGUGGACGUUGACAGGAAGCGCGAGAGGGAGGGCUCUCCAGAGCAGCCCGAGCAUCCCGCCAAGCGCCGGCGCACAUCCGACGAGGUCACCGAUUCCGCAAGUGGCACGGUCGAAACCCCUCAGUUGACAGAGGAGAAGUUGGUGGCAGCUACCGAGCCCCUCCACCGCUCGCGCAGCUCAGAAGACUGGCUUGCCUAUGCGCUGAAAGAAGAAUCAGAGAGGGUAACAACGCCGGACGAGAUGAAGUCGCUGCAGGAAAGGCUGGUGUCUGUGCAGCCAUCUGAAGAUAUGUCUAUCUCGGAAUCUGGGUCCGUGGCAACGAUCUCAACUCCUGGACUGGAGACCUCAGCACCCGUGGUAGAAUCUGUGAAGCUGGUUAAAACUUCAGCACUUGCAGCUGCAGAGACUGUCGCGGAGACCACAAAGUCCGAGGUAAUGGAGUCUGUAAGUCUGAAUGAACCUCGGAUGUCUCGGGUGGGAUUGGGAGAUAAUACCAAGGACCAGCAUGAAGCUAGUGAGCGGAAUCUAUCCGCUAGUGCAUCAGCUGGCACGAAGUCAUGGGUGGUGGAUGACCAAAAUGCUCCGAGGGCGCAGUAUCACAGGACGAAACUGCUGUCGGCGACGAAGCGGCCUGAAGAGACUCCGUUAAUAGAGGCCUACAAGCAAGCAGAAGUGCAGAGUAGGGCACCUCAAACACCUCAGGUGCAACUUGAAGGUCCCCGGCCCCCCACGCGUCCACAGCACCGCAAGCAUCUAAGUCUUCGCCAUGUUCCGCUCAUGUACCGAUCCACCAAGACCGGGAUGAUUUGCCGGAUGUGUCUCAGCAGGAAGGAGGUCCGCGACCGCAAACUUCCUGUGACGACCUUCCCAUUGGCGGCCUCGUGGGUCGAGCUUGCCAGCCACUGCGAAACGGUACACCCGCGAGCAUACGAGACACUCAUUGGCAUGGCGCCGGAGGAGAUCGAGGAAGCAAAGUUAAAGCUGGGCUCGAAGUAA